GACCAAUUAGCCCUUGACAGUUGACAGGAAACGCAAAGUAUUUGGCCUCGGUGACCAAUCAGCGACAGCGGACGGUCGGUUUGUGCCGUCCGUUAUCCCCACGUGACCCUCCUCAGUAGUUCCCAGGCGGUCACAUCGGCAACCCGGAGACUAUGGAUCAGAGGGUUGGGUUAUUCGUUCUUCUGGCAGCAGGCCUCCUCUGCCUCAGCUUGGCCCCCGUCUCUCAGGCCGAGGACCUGGUUGAGGACAGUCUGGGCGACGACGUGGACGUGGAGGACGAGCUGGAUCUGGGUUUGGCCGGAGCUGACGAGGACGAGCUGGAGGGGGACGCCCAAGAUGAAGCGCCACCUGCACCCAAAACUCCUGCUGCACCCAAGGUGACCUACAAGGCUCCAGAGCCGAUGGGGGAACAUUUCAUCGCUGAGUCUUUUGACCGGGGGACGCUUGACGGCUGGGUGCUGUCCAGCGCCAAGAAGGAGGACACCGAUGAAGACAUCGCAAAGUAUGACGGUAAAUGGGCGGUGGAGGAGAUGAAGGACAGUAAGCUGCCUGGUGAUAAAGGUCUGGUCCUGAAGUCUCGAGCCAAACAUCACGCCAUCUCGGCCCAGCUGCUGCGACCUUUCACCUUCGACACCAAGCCCCUCAUCGUCCAGUACGAGGUGAACUUCCAGGCAGGGAUCGACUGCGGCGGCGCCUACGUCAAGCUGCUGACCCAGACUCCUGACCUCAACCUGGACCACUUUGUGGAUAAAACUCCGUACACCAUCAUGUUUGGACCCGACAAAUGUGGAGAAGAUUACAAGCUGCACUUCAUCUUCAGACACAAAAACCCCAAAACAGGAGAGUACGAAGAGAAGCACGCCAAGAAACCCGACGCCGACCUGAGGACGUACUACACCGACAAGAAAACACACCUGUACACGCUAGUGGUGAACCCUGACAACACCUUCGAGGUGCUGGUGGAUCAGACGUUGGUGAACAGCGGCAGCCUGCUGACAGACAUGACCCCCCCUGUGAACCCCCCCGCUGAGAUCGAGGACCCCGACGACCAGAAGCCAGAGGACUGGGACGAGAGGCCCAAGAUCCAGGACCCCGCCGCCACCAAGCCCGAAGACUGGGAUGAUGAUGCUCCUGCUCAGAUUCCAGAUGAAGACGCAGUGAAACCCGACGGCUGGUUGGACGACGAGCCGGAGUACAUCGGAGACCCCGACGCCGUCAAACCCGAAGACUGGGACGAGGACAUGGACGGCGAAUGGGAGGCUCCUCAGGUCGCUAACCCCGCCUGCGAGACCGCCCCCGGCUGCGGCGCCUGGAAAAGGCCGAUGAUCGACAACCCCAACUACAAGGGCAAGUGGAAGCCCCCCAUGAUCGACAACCCCAACUACCAGGGCGUCUGGAAGCCGAGGAAGAUCCCCAACCCGGCGUUCUUCGAGGACCAGCACCCGUUCAGGAUGACUCCGUUCAGCGCCAUCGGGCUGGAGCUCUGGUCCAUGACCUCAGACAUCUUCUUUGACAACUUCUUCAUCACAGACGACCGCAACGCCGCUGACCGCUGGGCCAACGACGGCUGGGGGCUGAAGAAGGCUGCAGAGGGCGCCGCUGAGCCCGGUCUGGCAGCUCAGAUGUUGAACGCUGCAGAGGAGCGUCCGUGGCUCUGGGUCGUCUACGUCCUCACCGUGGCUUUACCGCUCGUCCUCAUCAUCGUCUUCUGCUGCACCGGAAAGAAGAAGAGCCCAGCGACGCCGGCAGCAGAGUACAAGAAGACCGACGAAGCUCAGCCCGACGUGAAGGAGGAGGAGGAGGAGGAGGAGGUGGAAGAGGAGGAGGAAGAGGAGGCUGUAGAGGCAGAGAAGAGCAGUCCAGCUGCAGAAGAGAAGAGCGAUGGAGAAGAAAGUCCUGCAGAAAAAGAGGAAGCGGAGAAGGAGGAAGAGAAGGAGGCGACGGAUGAUGGCGAGAAGCUGGAGGACGACGUUCUGCGGAGAUCCCCCAGGAACCGGGUCAGAAGGGACUGAAAUCUCUGAAUCCACAGCCCUGACCUCGACCCCUCCCUCCUUACCUCCCCCUCCUCUCCUUCCCUAAAACUCCUCCCUUCUCCUCCUCACGUCCUCCUCCUCUGCUCCGAGGCGACGACGCCUAAAUGGAACCCGUGGAAGCAGCGAAGCCGACAGGAAACCAAUCAAGCCCUCCGAUAUGGACGCCUGAUGAAGAUGAUUCCAGUAUGAACCGGACUGACUUAGUGUGAUUAAAGGAUUUUUGUUUUUUUGAAAGAGAUUAUCUAAAAAACCUUCCUGCAUCAUUCCUUAACAACACCUGAGCAGACUCGAACCCACGGGAUCUACGCGUCCCGUCCGAUCCACCGCCACCCUGAGCUAGCAAGUGCCCCGCCCCCCUACCAACAGCCUGCUAAUUGGCCCACAGCAGCUCGCUAAUUAGCCUCCUGACAGACACGCAUGUUGCUAUCACAAUCUGACGUAGCAUGAUCCUGUUUGGGCGGCUAACAGACUUAGCUAAUAACAAACCAACAGGAUGCUAAUGAGGCAGGAUAACCAUCAAAAAAACCAACUUAUUAGCCUAGUGACAGGCAGAGUUUGGCUAGCAACAGUCUGAUGUCGCCAUCUUCCUGCUCGGGCUACCUACUGUCUGCUAAUUAGCCAACUAUCAGGGUGCUUAUUAAGCUAACAGUAGUCUGGAAGUCACCAACCAAAAGUCUUGCCAGUUAGCUGCUAAUUAGCCCACAAAGCUGAGUCAUUAGGGAGUUUGUAAAAUUAUCCUAUAAAAUGGUGGUUGAAUGAAUCUACCAAAAGUGUUUUAGCUUGCUAAUUAGCUCCUGAGCAACUAGGUAGUACAUUUGGCUACUUGUACUACAGUGUUUUUAAAGUAGCAUCAGUACUAUCAUCAUACUUAAACCUACAAACAGUCUAAUUAGCCUAACAGCGAGGGCUGCUAACAAGCCUGCAAAUAAUGCAGUCUACUUAUCAACAACUAGCAAACAUUAGCCUGCUAAAAAGCUAAUUCACCUACUAACAGCUGAUUCAUUAGCCUUCAGCCAGCUAGCGUCGUAGAGUAGCCCACAAGGUAAAGGUGUGACGCAGCAGGCGACGAGUAGAGACAAUGAAGUGGGAACACUCCAGCUGCCACCGUUUCUUCCUUUUUCAUCUAAUUCUGUCAUUUUAAGUGUUUUUUGUUCUGAAGCUCCACGUUGGCACCACCACGAACACACAGCGCUCAUGUUUUACUGUCCUGAAGGCGGCGGCGGGGGGGUCAGAGGUCAGCCUGAGCGGUACAGGUGAGCGACAGGUGUUUGUUACCUGGUUUCUGGCAGCAGCAGACUCCAAAGUCCAGUUUAAACCCAUGUACCCCUCAGCACGAAAAGCUUGUAUCUCCAGUUGUUGAGACAGGCUCGUGACACUUUGAGAUACGAGGUUUUCACUCUCCUGUAGUCCCAUUAUAUUUUCUGCGUGAGGUCGGUCCGAACAAACGCGACGGCGGCUCGUUAGCUCCUUUUGUCCCUGAGUUCAGUCUCCCAGGCAGAAUUAUGUUUUGAUAAGCAAACUAUUCUUGUUCCUUCCUGUUCACGUUCCUUCGCUCGAUAAGACGAGCUGCUGUCGCCUUCGCUCGGACUUCAGACGUGUCGCGUCGGCAGGUGGACAGACACUCGGUCCCUCUUUCAUCAAACCCCAUAUGAAAAGAAAAAGGCACUACGGGAAAAACUCAGGCGCUUAAACUCACACCUGUCCACCUGCGGCGCCGCCAAAACCUCCACCAAUCAGACGCCGCCUUCCUCCUCCUCCUGCUGUAAAUGGAUCCUGAAUGUCAGAGUUUCGCCCCAUGUUUUUAAGAGACGGCACUUGUGUGAAAUUCAUUCGUGACUUUGGAAAAAAUAUCAUUUGACAAAAACUCAACUCAAAGUCUGUCGACUAAACUCCAGAGCUUCCAGCUGCAUCUCGUGGCGUUUAAAUCUGUGACGAGAGAUCAGCUGAGCAAACUUUAAUCCUCUGAUGAAGCCCGUGAGAUGAGGGCGAAAGACAAAGUUUAUUAAAUGUAUUUAACUUUAAAUUAGUUUUGGCGGAGUCGUCUGCUGCUGCCUGGCCACUUCCUGUUGGGGGCGGCUGCGGGUCACAUGACCUCAGGUACAGGCUGAGAAAUGGCCGCCAGUCACGCCUGAAAGCAGUGUUGUGUUCCGUUUGUCCGUUCGUCCAGCUGUCGACCCAGAGGUACCUCAGCGAUGUUGGCGACACCCUGAGCUUCCUUCUAGCGCCGCCGUCAGGACUUUGCACGCCAUAUUUCCUGUCCACUCGUGGUAAAACUCACGCAAGGAAGUCGUGAUGAUGAGAAAUAAUCCCACACAUCUGUGAAGAUGCGACCGUGGGUUCGGUGUCCUCAUUGUUGUGUUCGUCAUGAAAUGGGAUUGUUGACGCUGAAGAGACGAGCGCCGCUGUACAGUACGAGAGUUCAUCGCCUUUUUAAGAAGUCGGUGUUGAAACAUUCGUCCCGUCUUGUUCUCCUCGAAGUGACUGUUACGUGUUUGUCUUUUUGUCCUCGCUGUACCAAACUUCAGUUUUCCAGAACGUUUAAACAGCUGAAAAUACGUCGUCUGUCAAAAAGUCUGUUUUAAAUACAGGUGGCUCUUCUCACCUAUCAUGAGCGAGCUCUGCCGUGAUUGGCCGCCACGUGUGAUGAGUUUUAAAGAGUCUGUUUGUGGGUUCAGAUUUCGGGGCCUCGAGGCGAACUGGGGGUGCCUGCCUCCAUGUCAGGUGACCUUUUAACCUUAUUUUUGCUCUUGGAGUGAAGUCGGGUUCAGGCUGCUUUGUUUGUGUUUUUUAGUCUUUGUUUUCCUCCUGUGCCGUCGCUCUAAAGCUGAAGAGUAAGAACACGACGCUUCAGGACACAGUGAACGUCUCGCUCGCCCUCCCUCCCUCCCGUUUUCCUUUUUAGUCUCAGAUUAUGUUCUUCUCCCUGAAGCUGCCUCGCUAACAGACUGUAGACUGAACACUGUACCUGCUGGUGAAACUUUACACGACUCUGUAACGCUGUACUUGUUUUUUUUUUGUUUUUUUGUUGACAUUGUGUUUGAACUAAACCCUAAACUGUUGGCCCGGCCUGUUUCUGAUGUGCACACUAUGUAGAGAGGUGGACCUGCCGACGCGCCGCGCCAGGGUCCAGCUUCGAAAUGAAAUACUGUGAUGACGGAGGCCGAUGUGUGUGUGGACAUGCAGUCAACGUUUGUUUUGAUGAAUAAAAAGGCCAAAUGGAAACUGAAGACGACGCUGCAGCUUCUUAUUAACGUGUUUUUCAUUGAGUGUAUUUGUUGGUGCGGACGUUUUAAAAUCAGGGAGUUUUGCAGGUUAACUUCAGGUGGAAGAAGUAUACAUAUUUACUUGAGUAAAAGUAUCAGUACUGCUCUGUAAAAUACUCUGGUGCAAGUUAAAGUCCUGCAUUCACAUAAGCAAAAGAAAAGUAUCAACAGCUAAAUGUAUAAAAGUACUUGUCGGGCAGAAUGGUGUCUGGCGAGUAUUUCAACGUGAUGGUACUUUGUACUUGUACGUUACAUUAGUCUGACAGUGUAGGUGACGUGUCCCCACCACUUAUAUAAAAUAGGCUACGAGCAGAAAUGUUAACCAACCUAGGACUUAGGUUUGGGGAGGAGAGCUGGUCUGACGCCCUGGACUCGGUAGGGAAGGUUUUUCUUUGUACUGGACUCACUUCACAGGCUUCAGUGCCCCAACUUCUCAACAUUGUCGACCCAAAAAUCUCUCCCCUAUGUAUCGAAUGCAAAACGGACAUUGGCUCCUACUUUCGCUGGAAGUGUCCCCUCAUCUCUACAUUUUUGCGACGGGGUAGCAAGAGAACUUGGCAAGAUUUUGAACAACAAUAUGAACAAGGAGCCCGGCCUGUUUUUUUUUUUUUUUUCCCCAGUGGAUCUAGUCUAGGCCGCCACCUGCGCACCAGUGGAAAGGGAGCGACUGAAUGCCGUCUUGAAGGGCAACGAAAGCCCCUCUGACAGGCUGUGGCAGCCCUUUCUUGACUACAUCCCACUCACAGAAAAAGGUGUGGAACCCUCCUGGUGGCCCCUGGAGGGAAGACUGUUUAAGGCUGUUUCCCUUUGCGCUCCCACUGUCUUCAUUCUUGUUUUUAUUUUACUCCACAUUUUAGAUUAUCUUGUCUGUGCUUAUUCAUGACGUGAUGCUGUCCAUUCUUCUUCUUUGUCUGUUCCUUUGGAAAAUUCAAUAAAACAUUUAUCAAAAAAGAAAAAUGUUAACCAACAAAUCAAGUUCAUUUGCACAAUAAGAAAACACGUAAUGCAGUUUAAAAUAUAGAAGAAACAAAUUGGUCAAAGAAAAGUAACUUAAGCGAACAAACAAGUUAUCGGUAACUAUAUUACGGAUUUUUACAUUUUGAACACCACCUGAAUUUUAUUUUUUUCCCGGAACAUUUUCACCAUAUAUUGGUUCAGAAAAUUUCUCUCGAAUGAAGGAAAUUAAGUGUUUAAUGAUCAAAAUCUUCUGGGGGGGGCUCAUAUAUCCUGUGAACCUAAUAUUGUGCAUCUGACUGACUGAGUACAUCAAACAUGUGCAGAAAGACACGUUUCACAUUGAAAUACUUCAUGUUCACACAAAGUACCUGCAUCACUCUGUAUAAGAUUUUCUUCUCUAUUAUUAAAAUACCUUUUACUGUC